AUACAAGAAGAUGGAUACACAGACACUACUACCAACCAUGAAGCCCAACUAUGUUUUCAUUAUCCUCGUCGUCUGUUGCAUACUCUCAUUAGUUUCUCAGGCGAAUGUCGCCGCUCCGGCGGGUUCCAACGGCUUCCGGGUUCGCGCUGUUAAUCUCGGCGGUUGGCUAGUCACCGAAGGAUGGAUCAAGCCUUCUCUCUUUGACGCCAUUCCCAACAAAGAUCUCCUGGAUGGAACUAUGGUCCAAUUUAAAUCUGUUACGGUCGGAAGGUAUCUCUCUACAGAGUCCAGCAGCGGGACGAUCUUAGUUGCUAAUGAAACGGUGUCUUCGAAAUUGACAGUUUUCAGAUUGUGGAGGAUCAACGAGACCACCUUUAACUUGAGGGCUAGCAACAAUCAAUUCGUCGGAUUAGACAUGACCAACGGCGGCGCCGGAGUCAACCUCGUGGUUGUCGAAAGCACACCGGGUAUAUCGGAGACAUUUCUGAUUCUUAGAAACUUCGAUGACCCAAAUCGUGUUCGGAUUAAGGCCUCCAAUGGGUUUUUCUUGCAGGUGAGGACAAGGGAACUUGUCACGGCAGAUUCUAAAGAAAAUGAGGGAUGGGGUGAUGAUGAUCCAUCAAUUUUCAUCAUGACAAUCUUUGGAGGAUUCCAAGGAGAAUUUCAAAUUACAAAUGGCUACGGUCCAUUAAUGGCACCAAAAGUUAUGAAGGAACACUGGGAAACAUUCAUAGUGGAAGAGGACUUCAAAUGGAUCUCCAACAAUGGACUAAAUGCAGUGAGAAUACCAGUUGGAUGGUGGAUUGCUAGAGAUCCAAACCCUCCAAAGCCCUUCGUGGGGGGAUCCUUGAAGGCUUUAGAUAAUGCUUUUUUAUGGGCUAAGGAAUAUGGACUGAAGGUUAUCAUAGAUCUGCACUCUGCACCAAGAUGUCAAAAUGGGUUGGCUGUAGGCGCCACCAGAGAUGGGUCUCUGGAAUGGGGUAUAGACAGCGUGGAUCAAACCGUUGACGUCAUAGAUUUUCUCACUGCUAGGUACGCUGAGAAUCCGAGCCUAUACGCGGUACAGCUGAUGAACGAGCCGGUGCUGUGGAAUUCAUUAGAGACGUUGAUGUGGUACUACCAACGCGGCUACGAGGCGGUUCGGAAGCACUCAUCCACGGCGUACGUGGUGAUGUCGGUUCGGAUGGGUGUUCAGAACGUGACGGAGCUCCUCCCCUUCGCCGCCGGCUACGAGCGAUCCGUCAUCGACGUCCAUCUCUACAACUUGGCAUACUGGACUGUACAGGAGACCAUCGACUUCCUUAACACCUACUCCAAAGACAUGCUGAGUGCCGUGACAACCUCAAACGGACCGCUCAGUUUCGUGGGAGAAUGGGUGACUGAGUGGUUGGUCCCAAACGCCACAAAGGAAGAGUAUCAGCGAUUUGCAAAGGCCCAGCUGGAAGUGUUUGAUCGUGCCACGUUUGGUUGGGCGUAUUGGACACUCAAAAAUGUCAUCAAUCACUGGAGUUUGGAGUGGAUGAUAAACAAUGGUUAUAUCAACCUCACAACCACCUCUAUAACUCCAUCUCCGAUCAUCUCUACGUCUCCUAGCUCCAUCUAAUGCUAUUUCGCACUCACUAAGAAUAUAUAUAUCUACUAUCUGUUUACUAUACUAAUAAGAGCCAAUAAAGUAGGCCUAUAAUGAUAAAUAGUAAAAUGAAUGAGAAAUAUUCAGAAAUGAAAUAAAUGAGUUAGAUUAUUUUGUGGUUUAUGCAUCAAAACGAUAUGAUGCCGCUUUGAUUAAUGAAAAUAAAUGGUUGAAACGACUUUCUUUCGCGUCGUUAACUCUCUAUGUAUAACA